AUGGAAACUCACGGGGGAGGCUGGACCUUGGUUUACAGCUACACCUUUACAAAUUACGACAAUUUUAAUUCACCAAGCAAUGCCGUAACCCCCCGUCCAACCUGGCCUGGCGAUAGGCUCAAUGUCCCAAUCUCAACCACUCCUCCACUCAGUGAGUCAUCUCUUGGGGCUCUAGACUGGAAUCUUUGGAAGAACAUUGGAAACGAGUUCAUGGUCAAGUCAAACAUUAAUGAUUGGCUUGUUUGUCAACCAGAUGGUGGAAGUAUGGUCACAGACACACGUGGGUCAAUCACAUGUCAGAAUAUAAAGAACGUGGCAACAGCUUGUAGUGGCGCGGUACCAUACCUAAUUCAAUGGUCCCGUCUUGGACCGAUAUUGAGAGCCUCCAGUACAUAUUAUUUCUUUGAUGGAUCCACAGAUGGUUUCACCCCAAUAAACAAUCCUUGUGGGAUAGUGAAAGAUGGUACAGACUCACAUCACAAGAAAGGAGUUUCCAACCCUGGUGGACAAAUCUAUAUUCGCUAG